AUGAGCGAGCACUCCGGUGCGAGCACUCUGGCGGCCAUGACGCUGGAGGAACCGGGGGCCGAGCAGGCGUCCCCCAGAGCCCCGGGCCCCCUCCGUUGCGGCCCCUGCGCCGUGUGGCCUCGCCAGCAGAACUGGCUGUGCGCCGUCCCCUUGGUGAUGGGCUUCGUAGGCCUGGGACUCAGUCUCAUGCUGCUCAAGUGGAUUGUGGUGGGGUCCGUCCAAGACUAUGUCCCCACAGACCUGGUGGAUCCCAAAGGGAGCAUGGGACAGGACCCCAUUUUCCUCUCCAAACCCAGCGCCAUGCCCAAAGGGCCGGACAUUUCUACCGCCGCUUCCACCGCAGCCGCAGUUUCCACCACGACGCCGCUAGCCGCCGACGGGACCGCCCCGGCGCCCAGAACACGAUCGGCGGCGCCGGGGAACCGCUCCUCCGAAAACGGCGGCGACGGCAACCGAGCCCCGCACCUUCACACCCGGGUGGGCGGCUCAGCGGUGAAUGCGUCCACCACUCGAGCGCCCAGGCUCACCAAGGAAGUGACCCCUCGCGGCACGGUCAGGAAAGGAAGCGGCGUUGUCGGAGGGCGCCACGCCAAGCCGGGACAGACCCCCUCCACGACUUCAGCCACUACGACCGUCACGAUGAGGCUCACCACCAAGGUCCAGACGACCACCUCUCAGCCGGCGGCACCCCCAGUCAAGCCUACGUCUCGCUGGACUCACGGGCGCCAGGGAAAAGCCCCGGCGACACGACCGCACCAUCGCUUCAGAACACCAAUGGCUCCAACACAACCCAGCCUGCGGUCGGAGGUUUUCAAGCCUUGUGUGGAAGAUAAGGACAUGGCCUUUUGCCUCAACGAGGGCGAGUGCUCCAUCAUUGAAACCGUAGCCGGGGUCCAUCGACACUGCAGGUGUAAAGAAGGCUACCACGGUCUACGCUGUGACCAGUUCGUACCCAAGACUGACGCCAUCUUGUCCGACCCAAAGGAUGAACUUGGGAUCGAGUUUAUGGAGAGCAGCGACACUUAUCAAAGGCAGGUGUUGUCCAUCUUCAGCAUCGCCUCGGGGAUGUGUCUUCUCGGAGUGGCAUGUAUGGCGCUCUACCGACGCAACAAGAGGACCCGACAAAAACUCCAGGCUCACUUUUCUGAAAGUCGAAGUUUGAGGGAUUGCGGCAUCAACGCCUCCGGUCUGAUGUCUAAAUCGUCCACGAGAACACAGUACACCCUACAGAAAAGCUGUGGACCCCACGGCCGCGCCGCCAACGCCUCACCGAGAGCUUCGACGGUGUCGCCGCCCGUUCUGGGAAGAGUGCAGUUGAAGGGGAAACGCUUCAGGAGCAAUUCCCUCUCACUCAGUCCGGCGCUAAGACGCAACCAGACCAAUCAUUUCCGGACGCCGCCCGUUUCCAGAGGAAAGCUGAAACGGCCGUCUAAUCUGGUAGCGUCCGGACGAGUCUACAAGCACCUGCGGGAGGAGGAGCUAACAGAUGCUGAAUCCCUUCGGAGGUGCGAUCUGAGCGGGGGGAAGGUCGGCGCCUUUCUCAGCAGGACCAGAAAGGGAUGGACCGAGGUGCCUUGCACUCGCCUGGAUCAGGGGAGCGGCUUCCCUCCGCCCUCGCUGCGUACCCGUUCUGUUCCCAUCAUCCCCUCGCUGCAGGCGUGCGACCUUGAGGAAAGGCAUUUGGAUACCGCCGAAAUGACUGUCGACGGGGCGUUACAGCAGAAAAACCUUUCCGGUCCUGCGACCGAAUUCGGACAAAGCGACCGGUUUUCAGCCAGUGAGCCAACGGGCGCCGGGAUCAGAGGUUUAAAGACGUUGGCCCUCAAGAGCCCAAAGAGCCCCAUCUGCAGAGGCAAGGGAAAUUCGAGUUGA